AUGGGGGAGGAGUGGACCGAAGAGUCAUGGGGAGUCGGGGGUCCGGGGGUCGGGCGCCGCUUGGCUGCCCAGGCCGGCCCGGCCCCGCGGCCUCGCGUGAGCGCGCGCCCCAGUCCGCACCCCAACUUCCCGGGCGGCCCCGCGGCGGGGCAGCACACUUACCGGGAGUGCGGAGAGCUCAUCCUUUCUGCCGAGGGCCGGGCGGCCGGACUCCUGGGGCCCUCCCCGGCCGCCGCGACCUCUCAGGCCGGCCCGGCCCGGCUCAGGAUCAGGCUGCGGGGCGAGCUCUGGCAGGCGCGGACGCGGACGGGUGCGGGUGCGGCCGUCGCGGCGCAGUGCCUCCAAACCGUCGGCUCCCGCUCCUCUCGUCGUUUCUCCGGUCCGCUCCUUCCCUCCCUCCCUCCCUCCCUGCCCGCUCGGCGCGAAGCGGUGGCUGUGGCGGUGGUGGCGGCGGCGGCGGUGGUGGCGGCGGUAGCGGCGGCGGCGAAUUCCAAUCAGUGCAGCCGCGGUCCAGACGAAGCUUGGGACGGAGGGGGAGGGGGGGAGGUGCUGGAGACGCUGGGGGGGGGCCCGCCGCGGAGAGGGGGUGGGGCGUCAAGGAGGCGGGACCUCCUCCGGGCUCCGCACGCACGCAUGCACGCACGCAUCCCCACGCUCCUGCGUAGACCCCGCCCCGCCCCUCCCAUCCGGGGAGUCGAAAGAAGCCGAGCACCGGCGGAGUCUCCCGAAGGGUCUCAGAGAGCUCCCUUCCCCGCCCUCCCACGUCCCUGGGGAGGCUCUGCCCGCGUGCACUGGAUCCUCGCGCCAAGAGCCUACCAGCACAACCGGACACACAGAAGGCUCUCAAUCAGUGCGCGUUGGCUAGCCGCUGUGGCCCCCGCCCCGCUUCUCCGGACCUUCAGUGGCCAUUUCACCUAAAGAGCCAGACGGAACUCGAACUCGCCGGGAAUGUGGCUGCUAUAUCUGCACGGAAGAAAUGAAAAAGGAAAGCGAUGGAGGAACCACCAUUCAGCCCAACCCCGGUCCAGCUGGUCAGCUUCCAGUCCCCCCAGCAUUUAGGACUGGGGCAAGUUUUACUAUUUCCCACCCAAAAACAGACAACCUCCGCUUGUGUCCCUCACUGUCCCUCCCUCCCAAGGAGUCCACAACCUCCCAAAACCGUCCCUUAUUAAAGGAUUAAGGCAAUAGGAUUCCAUCCUAUUUGCCAUCUCUUCCAGAACCACUUGCCUCCACCAGGCUCUGGAUCCAAUACAAGAUAGCUUUUGUAGCUUUAAAACUGAAGGGCAUCUUACAGGUCAGUCCGUGGAAUCUCCCCUAUUGACAAACGAGGAAACUGAGGCCAAGAGUUAAAUGACUUGCAGGAAUUCUCCUUUUUGGCCUGAGUUUAAAUCCUGCUGACUAGUGAUCCUAGGCAAGUCACUUAACCUCCUCUUGCCUCGGUUUCCUUAUCUGUAAAACAGGGAUAAUAGCACCUACACUUCAGGGUUCUUGUUCUUUUUUGCAAACUUAAAAAGAUUCUCUAAAAACUGGCUAUUAUUGUUAUUAUUAUUUUUACUCAUUCGAGAGUUCUGAAAAAUAUUCCACCUUCCUUUAUUCUUCUUAUUUUGAGCUACUAUAAGUUACACAAUAGGUUGGUGGAAAGAGUUGACUUUUACUCCUUGUAGAAUUCCCUAAAUCUCUAGUCGGGUUUCUAUCCCUUUAAGCCCUGUCCUUAAGAGACUAGCCGCAAGGCCACUUUCCAUUGUAAGGUUUAUUUCCUUUUGCUGAGUAAAAGAGAAGGCCUUUGACCUUGAUUGCGGAACCAUCCAGGACUGAUAGGAAGCUGUUAACCCAAUUUAUUGGUGCUUUUCAUUUGAAUCCACAUAGAUCUAAUCUGACCUCAUUUUUUUUUAAAUCCUUACCUGUCAGAUUAUGUGUAAAAUCAAGUAAAGCUGAAAGAAUUCAUCUCCCAAUGAAAACUGGCUUGCAAUUGUUCCCAGAAUGGGAGCUCCCUCUGCCCCAAAAGAAUUGCAAGAAGCUGAGGGAGGGUUUGAACUUGGUAUAGUCACACAGCUAGUAAAGGUGGGAAUGGAACUCAGCUCUUCUUCCUAUCUCCCACUCCUCCAAUGACUCUAAUAAAAAUAAAUUGAUACUUUUCUUCCUGAAUGACAAUCAAACAAGACAGCUAGCCUUUCCAGCCCAAGCCACUCUCUCAGUUGUCUCUCUAGCAGGGCUCCCUACAAUGAGAAAUUGUUGGCUAACCAGGUGACUCAUUAGCAGUAAAUUGGGGCAUUGUUUGUAUGCUUCUAGAUGUGAUUAAAGUCAGGUAGGGAUAAAUAAACCCUGAAUUCCAAAGGGGUGGGGAAAAAAAAGAAACUACCGCAUAGCUUGAUGGGUAGACUUGUAGCCUGGGAAUAAUAGGCUGAGACUGUUUAUUUUCUGUCCCUAACUCUACUCCUAACUCAUUUCUGGGAUCUGUCAAGUAAGUUCACCUCUCUGAUCUCAGUUCCUUCUUUUGUAAACUGUAAAUAAUUACUACUCACUUCUAUUUAAGUGGCAUUGUACAAUUACUCCGUUAAAAAUCUAUGUAGAAGUAGUCUGCUUGCAGUGGGGGAGAAGAAAAGC